UCCUGCAACCUUGCUCUGGGCGGUUUGCAAACCGGUGAUUUGUAAUAGGUGCUUUGGGGGAAAGGAAGCCCGCCUCUCCACGGCGGGGUCAUCAUUGGGCGGCGGGGCUGUCAAUCACCCCGCGAAUACAUAAGGCGGCCGGCCGCUUCUCCAGCAGACCUUAUGUGGUAUCCGGCCAGUCUUGAAGAAGCUCUUCGGUAAUAUAUGGCUGUUACUUCAGAUUAACGAGUAGAAAAUCAGAGAGUCCCCUGCUCUCCUCUCUCCUCUCCCCUCUCCCCGCCGGGCCGGCACGAUGGCGGAAGUCGUGGCGGGCGCCAGCGGAGAGACGAUGGCGGCCAUGGUGGCGGCGGAAGGCUCCUCCGGCCCGCCAGGCUUGAGUCCGGGCCGGAGCUUCGCGACCUACCGGCCCUUCGAGCCCCAGGCGCUGGGCCUCAGCCCGAGCUGGCGGCUGACGGGCUUCUCCGGCAUGAAAGGCUGAGGCUGCAAAGUCCCCCAGGAGACGCUGCUCAAACUCCUGGCGGGACUAACGCGGCCGGACGCGCAGCCCGCUCUGGGCUCCGGCCUGGUGAGGGGCCAAGAAGAGGCGGCCCAGGAAGCUGGCCUGCCCCCUGGGGCGGGCCCCAGCCCGUCCUCACCAUCCCUGAGCAUCGGGAUGGACUCCUGCGUCAUCCCCCUGAGACACGGAGGCCUUUCGCUGGUGCAGACCACAGAUUUCUUCUACCCCUUGGUGGAAGAUCCAUACAUGAUGGGGCGGAUAGCUUGUGCCAACGUGCUGAGUGACCUCUACGCCAUGGGCAUCACGGAAUGUGACAACAUGUUAAUGUUACUCAGUGUCAGCCAGAAUAUGAAUGAGGAGGAGCGAGAAAAGGUAACACCACUCAUGAUCAAAGGUUUCCGGGAUGCUGCUGAGGAGGGAGGAACUGCAGUCACAGGUGGGCAAACCGUGGUCAACCCUUGGAUUAUCAUCGGUGGAGUUGCCACUGUGGUAUGUCAGCCAAAUGAAUUCAUAAUGCCUGACAGUGCGGUUGUAGGGGAUGUACUUGUGUUAACCAAACCCUUAGGAACUCAGGUUGCAGUCAAUGCCCACCAGUGGCUGGAUAAUCCUGAGAGAUGGGAUAAGAUAAACAUGGUGGUCUCCAGAGAAGAAGUAGAACUGGCCUAUCAGGAGGCUAUGUUCAACAUGGCUACCCUAAACAGAACUGCUGCUGGAUUGAUGCACACAUUCAAUGCCCACGCGGCUACAGAUAUCACAGGCUUUGGCAUUUUAGGACACUCUCAGAACCUCGCAAAACAACAGAGAAACGAGGUGUCAUUUGUCAUUCAUAAUCUGCCAAUCAUUGCCAAGAUGGCUGCUAUCAGCAAGGCCAGUGGGCGGUUUGGACUCCUUCAGGGAACCUCAGCUGAACCUUCUGGGGGGUUAUUGAUUUGUCUGCCGAGAGAACAGGCAGCCCGAUUUUGUUCCGAAAUCAAAUCUUCCAAGUACGGUGAGGGUCACCAAGCAUGGAUUGUCGGCAUUGUGGAAAAAGGAAACCGGACAGCUCGUAUCAUUGACAAGCCUCGAGUUAUAGAGGUUCUACCUCGUGGGGCUGCUGCUCCUGCUCUUGCUCUUGCUGCCGAUAAUUCCAGCGCCUCUUCAGAGCGUACCUUGUGAACCGGAAUAGCAGAAGUCGUUGGGAAUUUAGCACCUUUGUAUAUGAUCAUGGACGGUUCCCAAGAGUUCAUUUUAAGCAAUUUCCAAAGAAGGCUGCCUGCUUAGUAGUUCCAGCUACCCUUUUUUAGAGAAUUUAAAUGAGCCCAUCCAAAUUUGCCUGUGUGUACAUUCCAAGGUCAUAAGUAACGUUUUGAUCUUGGGGGGACAUGUGUUCAUCUCUUGGGUGAAUGAGGAGCAGGAAAAUCUUGUUUCCUCUUUCCAGAGCAAGUUGAAGCUAUUCCAGUUUGAGGGAUUUUCCUUUGCACUGGGUUGAUUCAUUUCUGCACAGGGAGUGAUAUCAUUAAAAUUUCACCGGAGGUUUGAAAGAUGAAAACUUAGAAGCAAGUAAAUUUGGACCAAUACUGUUGAUAAAUUUGAACUGUUAAGAGAGAUCUUAUGAUGUAAUGCCAAAUUCUUUGUUAGAUUUUUCUAAGGAAUUGGCUCUUUCCUGCUCCGGACAAGAAUUGAGCAGCUUGUCCAAUGACUGGGAAAAGAGGACCUGCAGCCAUCUGACUUGGUCUCUGUUAAUGAUGUCUUUCUCUCUAAACCCCUUUAAGGAUUGGGAGAGGCAGAAUAAGCCCCAGAGCCCAGGCCUUGGUGGUCAUUAAGAUGUUAAAUCUUGUGCUGAAAAACUCCUGCUGAUUUAAUUAAAUUAAAGAGUGAUUUCUAGUUAAAUAAAAAAAGACUGUUGGAAAGCU